AUGUCCGAUACUGACAAGUCCAACUCCGGUCCUCCUGGCGCGCCCCCAGCCGACGCUCCAACCAAGACCUACGAUGCAUCAUGCCACUGCGGCGCAUUCAAGUACUCCGUCACUGCAUCUCCUCCGCUUGACGAUCCCAGCGCGGUUCUAGUGGAAUGCAACUGCAGUAUCUGCGUGUCGAACGGUUAUCUUCUUAUCUACGUGCCCAACGAGUGUAUCGUUUUCUCAAGUGGUAGCAUCGAGCAGUUCAAGAGAAUGGGCCACCACUUCUGCGGUACCUGCGGUGCAUCGUGCAUGAUCCGCUCCAAGGACCCCAAUUUCUUUACCGGUAUGACGUGUAUCAAUGCACGCAUGCUGCAGGGUGUCGAGCUCGAAAAAUUGAAGCGCAAGUCUGUCGACGGAAAGAGCUUCUGA